AUGAAGCACGUAGGAAUGAACGCAUCAAGAGCAAGCGUACUAAAGAGAAACGGCACCAAGAACAGCAACAAACCGGUUGAUAAUGAUGAACGCCAGCAGCCGCCAGCUUUCCGCUUUUUGGAUAUGCCUCCUGAGAUACGCAACGCUAUCUACAUGAUCUAUCUUAACGACGCGAAAGAUAUCGCGAGUGGCAACGACAUCCGUCUGAAACGUCACGAAAAGGUCAAAACCCUCCCUCGAUCAAAUCCUGGCAGAGGGGCACUCUUUUACCACGCACUUCCCACCCCAACGCCGUAUGCAAUUGAAGAGGAGAGGUUGCGAAUAAUCAUCCAACGACGAUCCUCUUUCGUUUUAGAGGAAGGCGGGGGAGACGAAAUUUCAGAUGCUGCGAAAGAUGCACUGAGGGACUAUGUAGCAGCACACAAGUAUUUCUCGACUGCCUCCACAGACCCUCAAGGUCAACUCGCGGAGAAGGUCGAAGAAAAGACGCAGAAGGCUUUGUCUGAAGGGUGA